AUGCUUCGAAGUAGUACAGAGGAGUUGACACCUGGCAACACCUCGGACUCCGGAAGAAGCUCGGUGCUGUCACCUUUGUAUCAUCGAGGCGGACAAAAUGGGCCCGUGUCGCUCGGUCGUGGAUCAACAUCUGCAGGCCUGCUCACAAGAGGUAGGCCUACAUAAACUAUUUCCCGUUAGCUAUGUAAACAAACGUGCUAGCUAGCUAAGCUAACCAUUCUGAUUAAAUGGAAAUCAUGUUGGCAAAGUUGAGCACUGCUAAAUUCUCUAAAUAAAGCUUAUACACAUUUUCAUAUUUUUAAUUAUCUAGGCUACAAGGCACUUAGCCAGGCAGGCUUAUUUAGAUUGAGUUGUAGACUAUAAGUUGAUGGCCUCUUUCUUUGACUCAGGUCAGGUGAAUCACAACUUCAGAGGGGGCAGGACAAGUUCAUCUGUCCCACCCUCCAGUGGCUCCUCAUUCUAUGGGACCCCCAGACUCAUGGGGGGAACCCCCAGACUCGGGAGGACCCCAGGCUCAGCUGGGGCUGUAGGCAUACACCCUGUAUGGACGCCACAGACUGAACCCUCUGGUAAAGCCAUAGCGCAGACACACACAACUGAGUUGUUUUUCACUGGGCUGUCUCAGUUUGAGAGUUGAAUUAUUCCGCUCUCUCCAUUCCAGCAGUGACCACUAGCUGCUCCUCUGUGACCUCGGCCACUGCUGCCUCUGUGAUUGUGGCGGUGGUAGAAGGGCGUGGGUUGGCCAGGGGGGAGAUUGGCAUGGCCAGUAUCAACCUGAAAUGCCCAGAGCUGGUCCUCUCUCAGUUUGCAGACACUGGGACCUAUGCCAAGGUAGAACAUAAUAAACAAAUAGGCUGAAUUGGUUUACUGUCUUCAGUAUCUCAGAACAGGGACAGACAGGCAAAUCCAUCUCCAUGCAGCCUAGCUAAGUGCAUGGUUAUCUCAGUGUACUAAAGGAGCGUUAAACUUGUCUCUGAUCCACUUCCAGGUUAUCACCAAGCUUCACAUCCUGGUGCCACUGGAGAUACUAAUGCCAGACACUGCCAGUGAGAAAGGCAAAGGGACCAAGCUAUACAACCUCAUCACAGAAAACUUUCAGGUACUGAGUCGAGGUGGUCUGUCUAUACUGCUGAAGUGAGACUUUUACCUUUGUCUUAUGUGUUAUUUGUUGCCUAACCUUCUUCUUUAUGUUUCAGUCAGUAUCUUUCACUGCAAUCCAGAGAAAGUACUUCAAUGAGAGAAAAGGGCUGGAGUACAUCCAGCAACUGUGUGCAGCAGAGUACAGCACUGUUAUCAUGGAGGUGCAAGCUAAGUAUGUCACUGGGCUCAGAGAGCAUAACAAUAAUAGUCUGUCACUUCAUAAUAAUCAGUCCAUUGAACUGCAGUGUUCAUCCCCAGAUACUAUUGCCUGGCAGCUGCUGCUGCUUUGCUGAAAUACUUUGAGUUCAUUCAGAACUCCAUCUAUGCACCAAAGUCACUGAAAGUAAGCUUCAAAGGGAGUGAGCAGACUGCCAUGAUCGAUUCAGCGUCUGCCACUAACCUGGAGCUGGUUGUCAACAACCGGGACCACAGGUAUGGGGGCGUGGCAGAAGGAUGUGAGACCGUCUCACUUAUCAGUUUUUCAAACAUGGUCAAUACAUCAAGAGAGUAUGUGAUGUCCAGGGUGUGUGUACAUUUGUGUGUCUGCAGGAGUGAACAUACCCUGUUAGGGGUGCUGAACUACACCAAAACCCCUGGUGGGGGAAGGAGGCUGCGCUCUAACAUUUUAGAGCCCUUGCUGGAUGUCGAUACCAUAAACAUACGUCUGGACACCAUUCAAGAGCUGUUACAGGACGAGGAGCUCUUCUUUGGCUUAAAGAACGGUUAGUAACAGCUACUAACGGUGUUACCUUAUAUUACAGUGAUAGGUUUUCAAUGUUGAUUGACAGUUCUUUAAAGAUUAGUGUAUUUCCUUUGUUCAUUUCUACUGUGCCUGCAGCCAUUGGACAUUUUCUGGAUAUAGACCAACUGCUCUCUGUUCUUGUCCAGAUUCCCAAGCAGGAAACGGUACAUAUAGACGUUAUUUGAUUACUUGUGAUACAUUUGAUUAAAUAAACUAUUAUAUUGCUCCUUUCAAUGGUAUGGUUUCCUGAAGGUAAAAGAGUUGUCAAAGCCAUAAUGAUGGAACAGUGAGAGUAAUGUUAGAAUCUGUCUGUUUUCCUCUCAAUGAAGGUUCAAGUUGCAGAAUCAAAGAUUACACAUGUGAUUCAGCUGAAGCAUACUCUGGAGUUGGUACCACCACUGAGGGUAAGUGCUCUGUGUCCUUAUAAUAUAUUCAAAAUCAUUACUGUUGUUGUACCAUGUGCAUUUUUAUAACCAGUAUUGUGUAAACAGAUGGUGCUGAAGAACUGUAACACUGCUCUGCUGAAGGCUUACAGCAGCUCACUGGAAGACAACAGGUACAUUAUCACUAAAGGGAUUGGGUUUUCAAUUAACAGGCCUCUAGAACACCUCUCAGGCACAUUGCCUUCAUUGAUCACAUUAUGUUUCCUCAGGUUUGACAUGAUCCUGGACCAGAUCAAGACAGUGAUUAAUGAUGACACCAGCUACAUGAAGGGGAGCCUCAACAUGCGUACACAGAAGUGCUACGCUGUGCGCCCCAACAUCAAUGAGUUCCUGGACAUCGCCCGGCGAGCCUACACUGAGAUUGUGGAUGACAUUGCAGGUGUUCACUAGAUGGUUAUGAUGUUUUAAAGGGAUAUGCAAAUUGAUAAUCUCUUAUCGGAUUAUCCCUAAUUUAUUUCAAACUGUCUCUGAUGUGUUAUGUGUAGCCUACAGUAAAUCUUUCCUGGUGUGAAUUACAUAAUGAACCCUGCUGAUGCACAGGGCUGGUUGACCAGGUGGGGGAGAAGUAUGGCUUGCUGAUACGCACCAGCUUCAGCACAGCUCGAGGCUUCUACAUCCAGAUGAAACUGGAGGGGGGAGCUUUACCUGAUGGGGAACUCCCAGCUGACUUCAUCAAGGUAAUAACCUAUUUGAUGAACACCUCUGUACCUGGCAAUGCUGGAUUGUGGCAAUGAUGAAUGGAUUAUACAGAGCAUUAAGUGAGAGAAACCCAUUACAAGGUGUCAUGUUGCUUCAUGUUCAUUGUUUAAAGUGGCUGUACCUGUCAGAAUUUCUUUGGCCCUAUAUUACACUAAAACUUGUUCGGUAUUCUCAUUCAUAGUAAUAUAUUUUCAUAUUCUUGCUGUGUUUUAUUCACACUUUCCUCAGGUGACAAAGCACAAGAACAACUACAGCUUCACCACAGCAGACCUGAUGAAGAUGAAUGAUCGCUGUGAUGAGGCUCUGAGGGAAAUAUUCCACAUGUCCUAUGUGUGAGUAAAGAGCAGCUUCACAGCCUCACAAUUAUCAGGCUACAUUUUCAGUGUAUAAUGUGUACAGAAAAAUAUGUAUUCUUUGCUUUGAUCUGACUGACAAACCUACCCUUUAUUUCUGUUAUUAUCAUGUGUCAUAAAGCGUCUGCUAAAUGACGUAAAUGUAAAUAACUGGGGGAAAUUGGAUUGAUUUAUUAUUGUUUACCCAGUAGAUGGGGCUAUUUAGUUUGUUGUGGCGUUGUAGAUAAUGUUGUCCUGUUUACACCUGUCUCUUUCCAGGGUGGUGUGUCAGCUGCUGAGUACAGUUCAUGAGCGUAUCCACUGUCUUUACAAACUGUCCGAUGCUGUGUCCAUGCUAGACAUGCUGCUGUCACUAGCCAAUGCAUGCACCAUCUCAGACUAUGGUAAGUCAAGCAGGAACGUUAAUAAAUGUAAUCAAUGAUUCAUUUAUUCUGUACAUUUCUGCAACAGAACACAAAAAGUAUGUGUUGCUCAAAUUCAUAGUUCACGCUAACCAUAUGAUCCAGUCAGAUUCAAGCUAUCCCUGGAGUGGUUUGACAGUAUCUGAAGAAACCCACCCACUCAUCCAUCUCACAUAGCAGCCAGUCAUAGCAGCAUGAGUGAAUAGUGUCAGCAGCAGUACCCCCAGUUCUCCUCUAUAAGUGACAAAGAGGCUGCUGUGAUCUGCUCUCUAUUUAACAUUGGUUGCCCUGCUAGCUUAAGUUGUCUGGGCAGCAGCUCCCAUAACCAUGUGGGUGGUGACCAAUGGCCCACAGCUGUCUGAAAAAGGAUCUCUGGAGGGACUUGUGCUGACUGACGGCCCUCUCUGUCUCAGUCAUCUCACUCUCAGAUUACCCUGGUCACGUAACCGUUACUGUAUUUGACCAGACCAAUCUCUCUGCAAGACACGACUACUGCAUGUACUGUACGCUAGAAGUGUUUGGAAUUUUCUCAUAAAAUGUGUGAUAAAAUAACAAACACAACUGAAUGUCAUCCACAGUAAUUCAACACAGAGGAAAACAUUUAUUUACCAACCACGUAAUUGUACAUUUUGAAUUGUAUUGUAAUUGUUUUCCUUCUCUGUGCCUGCAGUGCGUCCUGAGUUCACAGACACACUGGCCAUCAAGCAAGGUCGUCACCCCAUUCUGGAGCGCAUCGUUGGCCAGCAGCCCGUGUCCAACAACAGCUACAUCUCUGAGGGCAGCAACUUUGUCAUCAUCACUGGGCCCAACAUGAGCGGCAAGUCCACCUACCUCAAACAGGUGGCGCUGUGCCAGAUCAUGGCUCAGAUAGGUGGGUGGAGAAACCACAAAAUUAAUUUGAAAUGGAAUGUAGUUAUAUAAUUAACUUAAUUUUCUGUGUUGUAACCAUUCAACGGGCUUACUCACAGGCUAUUUAUAUAAUGAGUCUGAUCUUUCCUAGGCUCCUUUGUGCCUGCUGAGUAUGCCUCCUUCCGCAUUGCUGACCAGAUUUUCACCAGAAUCGGGGUGGAUGACGACUUUGAGACAAACUCCUCAACCUUUAUGGUGGAAAUGAAGGAGGUACAUUUUCCAUAUAUUGGCCAGUGGUUUGGUAUGGAUUUUCGAAAUACCGCAAAGUAAUUAUAUUUCAUUUAUUUGUCUUUGUACUCCCAAGGUCUCAUAUUUAAUCCAUAAUGUGAGUGAUCGGUCUCUCAUUAUCAUAGACGAGCUUGGGCGUGGUACUAGUGCUGAGGAGGGUGUCGGCAUCUGUCACUCUGUCUGCGAAUUCCUCCUUAGCCUCAGGGUAGGUACAGUGUCCAACCAGCACAGUGCCUCUCUCCUAUCUGAAACAAUGGAUGAUUAAUUUGAUUUUUAUGUAUGAAUCAUGGAGUCCUUUCUUUUCUUUGACUUCCUGUUACAUGCACUGCUCAGAUCAUAAGAUAAAUAUGUGUGCUCAGCUGUUUACCUGCUGGUCCCAGGCGUUCACUCUGUUUGCCACACACUUCCUGGAGCUAUGUCAGCUGGAGACAUUGUACCCCAAUGUGGAAAACCAGCACAUGGAGGUUCAGCACACCCGCACUGGUGACACGGGUACAGAGAGUGUCUUCUAUACCUUCCUGCUGAGCCGUGGAAGCUCUGAGGAAAGAAACUAUGGUAAGGAAAUACAAUCAGACACUUAACAUUGUCCAAUCUCAAUCAUUCAACUUAAUGGUAAAAGGUUUACUGUAAUGUUCAACUUGCAGGUCUGAGGGCUGCGGAGAUGACUGCACUGCCUACAACCAUAAUCCAAGAAGCAAAGGCGAUUAGCUCCAAAAUCAGCCAACAGCUCUUGGUAUGCUUUUCCAGUAGGCCAUGUCUUAUAAUUAUUUAGAUCUAAUUUACUAUCCCAUCAUCUUAUUCUCUGUGGUCCCUGCUGGUCCGUCAACCUGUCAUCUUCCUCCUCCCUCCUACCCUGUCUCAGGCCAAGCACCACAGUGAUCCGGAAACGCAACGGCAGAGAGCAGUGUACCACCUGGCCACCCGGCUCCUGCAGACAGCCAGGAACUCCAAGCUGGACCCUGACAGCCUGCGCAUCUAUCUGAAGGGCCUGAAGAGACACUAUGAAGCAGAGCUGCAGGUCACAGGAGAGCCUGUGUCCAUGGAGACAGAGGAAGAAUGAUUCAGAUGAGGAAAGGGAUGUCAAAG